GUGCUUUUUCAAUCCACGGACAUCCUCUUUUAUUUCAGGAAACUGGUUGGGUGGGAAUUGGCUGGCGUUUUGCUGUGUUUUUUGGGAGGAGUUAAUGCCCCUGGUUCAGUGAUCUGUAGCGAUAACUAGAAUUUAAUCGGCGCAGUACAUUUUUAUUAAGCUGCGAACUUCGGUGAGUGGUACGUUCAUCCUUAUCACGAUUUGUAAAAUAAUUGUGAUCAUAGAUUAACGAUGAGUGACGAUGCUUAUGAGGUGAGAGAUGGGGCUGAGUACCGCUACCUUGUUCAGGAAGAAGGUGAAGUGGAACAUUACUGCAGGCGGCGAUACGUCAGCCCUUUUCUGGUCGUCUCCCGGAAGUGGAUCUUCAUCAUCACCGUUGGGGUUCUCUCCCUCCUGGCCCUGGCUGGGUAUUUGGCCUACGUGGCCGUGAACCCCCUCCAUCGUUCUGCCGUCGUCGGCACCGACUGCGGGUAUGUACGCGGCCGCUGGGCCGAUGGGGCGUACUCCUUCAAGGGCAUCCCCUUCGCUGCACCUCCAGUCAAAGAGCGACGGUGGAGGCCCCCGGUGGACCUUCAGGAUGCCAGCCUGUGCUGGAGAGGCACCUACGAGGCCGUCCGCUUCCGUAACAUGUGUGCGCAGGUGCAGCCCAUGGAUGAAAAGGGCAAGGUCAUGGGCGAGGAGGACUGCCUCUACCUGAACGUGUGGACGCCCAGCUUACAGAAGGAUGCCAGGCUGCCCGUGAUGGUGUGGUUCCACGGGGGGUACCUGCACAUGCUCAGUGGAUCAGAGAAGGGAUACUCACCAACCGAGAGUCUGGCUGCCCAGACCGGCAUCGUUUAUGUCAGUUUCAACUACCGCCUCAACGCUUUCGGCUUCCUCGCCUUGGAGCUUCUGAGAGAAGGUUCUCCGACCAACACAUCCGGAAAUUAUGGAUUCAUGGAUCAGAUCUCAGCCCUGAAAUGGGUACAAAGGAACAUCCAGCAGUUUGGUGGAGAUCCGGGAAAAGUCACUAUAUUUGGACAAUGUACAGGGGGAACAUCUGUGUGGACCAUGAUGAUGUCCCCACUGGCCAAAGGCCUGUUCCACAGGGCUAUAGACAUGAGUGGCUCAUACACUUACAAUGGCUCUUUGGAGAAGGCAGAGAAGGACAACUUGGUAUUCCUGAAUAAGUCAGAUUGCAGUAACUUACAGUGUCUCUACAGUCUCUCCACAACCAAAGUUCUCCAGGCUAUUCCAUGGAAAGAGUACCCUUCUUGGGCCGCUGAAGACUGUACAAACAUACCAACAAAGGACCUCUUUAUUGGACCGGUGGCUGUUGUAGAUGGGCAUGUUUUACUUGCCCCACCCUUUGAGACCUGGGAGAAAGGCAGCGGCUACAACGAUGUUCCCUAUGUGAUCGGAACCACCGAACAGGAAGCUGAUUUCAGUCCACCAUAUGAGAACAUCUCAAAGUGGACUUGGGAGGACUACUAUUGGUUUGUGACAGAAAAGCUGACGCCUUUUGGAGUGAAUAUCUCCAAAGAGGCCACUACCUUGUACCCAAGCUCUGCCAAAUGCCCCAUCAAUGACCGCUGUCCCGAAAGACUCUACACCACCCUGGUGUCAGACUUGAGAAUCACCUGUCCCGCCCACGACAAAGCCAGAAGAGCUGCAUUGGCUUUGAAGAGCCCUGUGUACCGUUACAUUGUCACCCACACGCCGUCCAGAGUGGAGAAGGUCUCCAGCCAGCUACCCUAUCCCAGUCGCUUCUCAUUCCACAUGUUAGAUGCACUGGCGUUCUUUGAUGGCCUUAAAUCGGUACUGGCGGGGGUGAGCUCAGAAGAUCGAAGUUUUCAGGGGAUCAUGACCAAGUAUAUGGUGCACUUUGCAAGAACAGGCGAGAUGCCCAGCGAGUGGCCCCCAUUCCCCUCGCACAUGGCACUGCUCUCGCACAACUUCUCCGCCUUCCAGAAUUUCUCAGCCUCACGGUGUCAGUUCUGGGAGAAGAAUCACUUUUAUCCAUAUGCAUGGGCCAAUUAAGAAGAAUGGGACCUACUUGUAUUCUGCUUUAUAAAUGAUUUUUCAAAGAUGGUUUUAAUGUGUGUUUUACGGUGUUUACCAACCACUAAGGGAUAGCUGAACACACUAUAAACUACUGCACUGUGACGAAAGGGGACCUGUUCUUGUUCCCAUGCAUUCUGAAUGUGGCGCCAGUCCUCCUGCUUCUGUCACCCUGUGUCACAAAGACAUAUAGGUGUCUUACCACCUCAUCAAAACAGGUCCCUGAAACAAAAGAAAAUACCCAAAAGUGAUUGCACAGCCACAAUAGCAAUUGCAUGGGCUCUUUAAGUGCCCAGUCCAAACCCAGACAGACACAAAGGGAUUCAAUCAGUACCCACUAUUGGCUAUCCACUGAGCCUCCCAUACGCAAUGUGUUCCAGACUCCAGCACCAAAAAAAAGUCUUAUCCAGCAAAACCUACUGUUGCCUCACAUGAAAAUAAAAUAUACAAAUUAAGGAGAAAAAAAAAGAACCCCCACAUUCACCAUAAAUACUACAUAAAGAUCAAAACACAAAUCCAUCCAUACCUUUUACUAACAUUAAAUGCAUGAUACAUUUUGCCUGGGUGAAGUACUGUGUAUAUACCCAAGGCGGGAAUACGCCUAUAAAUCUGAAUUCUGACAAAAGACUUCCCAAAACACCCUGAGUACAACACAAGACACUACACCCACACAUUGAUGCACCACACAGAAGAACAAACAGGAAGGUAAUCGACAAGUAACAAAUAAAACGAAAAUCGUACUUCCAUAGUUUAUAUGUUGUGUGCUUGUCGUGUAACUGCACAGUGGUAAUCAUGUCAGCGGAAGGUGUAUGUGUAUCAGGGUUAAUGUUAGAAUGAUUGGGUGGCUAUAGCUGCAGUGGAUAUAAAAAAUGUACACGCCCCCAUUAAAAUGCCAGGCUUUUGAGACCAAGAUAAAUCAUUUAAAAAAUGUUCUCACCUUUUGUGACCUAUAAAAUGUACAUUUCAAUUGAAAAACAAAAAAAUAUGUUGGGGGGAAAAAUAUUAAUUAAUAAAAAAAAGUAAUA